CUGGUGGCUCAGAAGCUAACAAUUAACCAGAACAAGGAACUCGGAAGCAUUUUUAGAAACGUUUGUUUGCUCGCUUUCUGUAUGCGGUGGCAAAGAACACAAAGGUGAAAGUUCCCACCCUGAUUGAGAAAGACUCACGAAAGGAAGACAACCCUGGACUCUCCAACCCAGAGUUGCAAGAAGACCCACAACGAGGAAAGAGCGAAGGGUUGGCGGCCAUACAUCUCCCCGUUCUGUCCAUGGAGAGAUUCCUUGGCAUGACUGUUGGGUGGUCCAUGUUCUGGAGCUUCCUUGCCAUGGAUCCCUUUGCGGGUGUUCAGAUCCUAGAUGAACCGCUGAUGGUCCUGAUUUGGGACUGGCCAUAUGGUCAAGCUCUGAACCUCUCCGGCGAUGUCUGUGCCACGCUUUACCAGAUUGAGGGCUGUCAGUUGACCGGACAGCGGAGCCUCUAUGACCAAGCAGACGUGGUGGUCUUCCAUCACCAGGAGCUCCAAUGGAGCAGGUCGAGUCUCCCAAGAGCAAAGGCCCAUCCUGGGCAACAAUGGCUGUGGGUCUCCCUGGAGUCCCCCAGCCAUGCCAAAGCCAUGAGCGGCUGGGAAGGAACUGAGUGGAACUGGGUCAUGACUUACCGGCAGGACUCUGAUAUCUUCAUCCCUUAUGGGACACUCAUACCAGAGCCAUCAGAGAAGGAGCUGCACAUCCCAACCAAGACCGGCUUGGUUUCCUGGGUGGUCAGUAACUUCCACCACACCCAGGAAAGGGCACAGUUCUAUCACAACCUCUCCAGACACAUCAGGAUUGAUGUCUACGGGAAAGCGGUCCAAAAGCCGCUCUGCCCAACUUGCCUGUUGCCAACCAUCUCCAAAUACAAAUUCUACCUGGCCUUGGAGAACUCCAUCCACCGGGACUAUAUCACCGAGAAGCUGUGGAGGAAUGCCCUCCUGGCGGGCGCUGUCCCCGUGGUCAUGGGUCCUCCCAGGGCCAACUAUGAGGAGUUCCUGCCCGCUGAGGCCUUCGUCCACGUGGACGAUUUCAGCUCCGCGAAGGAUCUGGUGGACUACUUGGCCAACAUGAACGAGAGCCACUACAGGAGCUUCUUCGCUUGGAAGCGCAAAUACGCAGUGAAGGUUUACGACGAUUGGCGGGAACGGUUCUGCGCCAUCUGCCAGCGGUACGCCAGCUUGCCUCAGGGCAAAGUCUACCCAAGUUUGGAAAAAUGGUUCCAGAAUUGACCAUAGGGACUGAGCAGGAGCAUCCUGGGUGAUGCACUGCUGCCCCCUUGUGAGAAGGGUCCUGGCAUCCU